AUGGGUAUUUUUUCACAUUUAGUUGAGGCAACUGCCCGAGAUAUCAACCAACUGUUGAAGCUUCAAAAAGUACAUCCACAAGUUCGUGAUGAUGUAAAGCGUUAUCUUGAUGCGUUAAUACAAAAAUCUUAUAAGGAAGUAUUUAAUAUCCCUGAACAUCAGAAAGAAAGCACGUUUCAGAUUUGCAAUAGUCUGGUCAAUGAAAUCGUGAACACAUGUCUUACCAUAGACAUCCCACGGGCAGACUUUUUGGCCACAGAAAAAAAGUGUACUGAUUUGGAGGAACGCUUACAAAAUAUGGAAGGUCUUAUCAAAUAUUACGAAUCGUAUCAGGAUGACCUGAAGUUGCUACUUGAUGAUAUCAAAUCAUCACAUUAUUAUAUGCUUCAUAGCUACUUUCGUGAAGUGCUCAUAUUACGGCGUCGUAUUGACUACUUGAAAAAAAAAAAUCAUAGGGAUGAUCUCUUUAAAUUCUCGAACGUUUCAGGAAAAACUUUGUUGCCUUCAACUGGGGAUUUACGUAGCAGCUCACGGAAAAGUAUGGUAUUUCAUUCAAAGGAGUCUACUUUGGUCCCCGAUUUAACUUCUGAGAGUGAAAAAAUAGACCAGCAACCUAAAAUUCCGUUUCCAAAUUUGACUUCCAAUUCAAAUAGUUCAAUCCUAGCCAAUGAUCUAAUUUCGCUCAAUACAAGUAGACCAAUUCGCAACUCUGAAUCUUUACACCGAUCAACUCAAGUUACCAUUCAGGAUCAGCAAACUGUAUUGGAUGAGUGUUCCCCACUUCGGCAUAACACACCACGAUACACACACGAAAACGACUUCGCUUGCUCUUCGAGUAGAAAAUCCAAAACGGAAACAUUGGAUUUAGGGGGAACUGACGAUCCAUCUCAUACGAUCAGUGAACGCAUUUCUUCUAAUCAUUUUAAAAUAUCAGAUCUAGGGCAAUUACUCGAGCAUAUUUCUAAAACUGAGGAACCUGUUGAUGCAAUUUUUGAUUAUGAGGAAUACGUUGGCCUUUUAAACAAAUCCCAUUACCUGUUCGAAGAGCGAAUAGGAAAAUUAUUGAGUGAAAAAGAAAAAGCUAAAUAUUAUUACAUAAAUUUACAUCUGGGUACCAUUUCAGAUAAUUCUUUUGGCUUUAGCUCAGAAACGACGAAACUCUUGCAAAAUCAAUUGAAAAGCCAGCAUAAUGCAGUUUUAGCGUAUCAAAGAAAUCUGCAUAUGGCGAUUGAUUUAAUCAAAGGGCAAUUUUUCGAAAUCUUAGAGCAACUUCGGAAUGAUAUCAGUCGUCUCCAACAACAAUACGAAAAUCAGAUGUCUUUAGUGUUUCAAGUAUUUUUAUUGCAGCAAUCUCGCUCUAAUGCACUCGCAGAUUGUUUUACUUCGUUUAUGCACGAUGUUUCAUUAUAUUUAGAAAACAUAAGCAAGAGUAUUGAGUGCAAGCGUUGUUACGACUUUUUCAAAAUUCCCCCGGGUAAGGUUCACCACUUAACGGAUCUUCUUAAGCAGCCUACGGAGGCAAAAUACUCUCUAAAACUUAGAGAACUUCAGAGUAAAGUUGACGAGCCUCCUAAUUUAGAUUACAGUUUUCUCUGGGGCAUUCAUUUCUAUGUAAAUAAUUCAAUUAUCAAAGAAGCAGAGUCACUGUUAAGGGGGUUUUCUAAACGAUCUACUAAAUUACAGCGACACUUGAAGAAUCUAUUAUUGCAAAAUGUACUUUUAUCUGCAGAGAAACUCAAUGCUAUUGCAAACUCCAAUAGACCUAUGACUGUUUCGGAAUCAGGAGCUGAGCCAACCGCAAAGGAGAAACAUGAGUUAUGGAAUAAAACAAAGUUAGAAAAUACAGGAGGCAUGACUGGCAAAGACCUUUUGAAAGAGCUUGUAUCCUUGCGCCUUCGUCGUGCAGCAAAUCGGGUUUGUCUUUCUCGUUUUGAAUCAAUGAUUAAAGCGGAGGAAGAUGCGGAUAAAAUUAAACUGUACAAGGCAAUGUGCUAUGGACUUAAGCAUCAACUAACAAAGGACACGGCGCGUAUAAUCGAUUUGUUACGCUUGCUUUACUUGAGUCUUCAUGAAGUUGGGAUUAAACCUAGCUUUCAAAUACUCGCACCUAAGGUUGCGCGAGGCGUCACUCGUAAUUUAGCAAAACACUCUCAGAAGAAAGAGACCUAUUACUCAAUUGUAGAUGGCUCGGCAGGUUUAGACGCCGAUGGGAACUGCAUUUAUUUCAAUGAUGAACGUAUUCCAAUUUCAUUUUUCAACAAUGAUAAUAACCCCCGAAAGACCUAUACUCGGGGCGAAGUGAGUGCAGCCUUCAGUGGCGAUUACGAGUAUUACACCGGUGUCCAAUUAGGCAGACCGGUCAAGGAAGGGAUGCAUCCGCUGCAUUAUUACCACAAUGAGGAAUUGCAUGCUUGUUUCGAACCUCUAAUGCGAAAGGCGACUGCUUCGGCAGAAGCCAACACAAUCAACGACCCGUCAAUGGAAGGCCACCCUAGCCCCAAUCCAGAACCCAUGCCGAUGACGCGGAUUGUGUAUCCCGGCUUUCCACCACCGGCGGGGCCUGGGGUCUAUUACUAUAUGGAUGGCUAUCCCCUACGCCCCCCCCUUGCGAGCCCCUGCCCGUCCUCCCCGAACACCCAGGGCGAAGCCGAUUCACCCGGUUCAAUGUUCGACGCGGCCCCCCCCCUGUCAUCCCCUGUCUUCGCGACCUCCCCGAGGAGCCCCGCCUCGCGCCUGGUGCUUUACGAAGGCCCGGGCCCUGCGCCCUGCCCCAUCGCCGCCCCGGUUCCGCUCUUCACCCCUUUCCAGACUUUCCUCUCCCAUAACGGCCCCCCUGCCGGGGCUCGGAUGGCCUACUGGUGCGAAAGCCCCUACCUUUACAGCCUGGACGAAGGGAUUUACCCCCCGCCGGUGGAGGAGGAGCCGUUGCUUUGGAUUCGCCCGCUUUACCCGUCCCAGGAGGCGGGCCCGGGCCCCGAAUGCGACGCCUCCCUUCACCCGAGGGAGAUGAGCACGACUGCAGUCAUGCACGACCCCCACGCCGACGCCCCGCCUUCGCCGGACAGUGGGUCUGGGGCGGCGGUGAAGGGAUCGGCCUUGCACCCUUUGAAACCGGAGCCGACGUUGCCGAUUUCUGCGCAAACGACAGAGGUUCCUAUUUAUUCUACCAUCCUCAAAGCAAAGCAGAUGCGAGCCGCACGAAUCGAAAGGGAGGCGGCGCUCAAACUGGAAUUACAGAAACAACAGGAGGCGGAGCGAAGUUUGAAAGAAAAAUUAUUGAAUCCCGCUGAGAAUGAGGAUUAUCUUCGCCUAGAGAUACCGAGGUUACCACCCUUGCUUCCUAAGCCGCAACAAGCAGCUCAAUUACAACGCGAUCAAAUUUGGUCUAUUUUUCACACCAAAAAAUAA